AUGGGAUUAUUGAGGAGAGUAUUCUGGAUACGAAAUACAAAGUGGCAGGAAAAAAUAUUUAUUCUAACACUCCUAAUGGUAGUUUUCGUAACAUGCCUUAUCAAUCUUCUACCUCAAUAUUUUGUGCAACAGCUGGAACCAAGUGUGAAGAUUAAUAAUUUCAUUAUAAGGAAGAAAUUUGCACCCAUUAAUGAUAAUACGGAUUAUGUCACUCAAAUUCAUUCGAAACAAACAAACGAAACAAGUUAUUGUUUAGAUUAUUCGAAACCAAUGACAAGAACUAAUUUCAAAGUUGGAUUUGACAGAACAGAAAAUCCACUUCACCCUAUUAUGUACUUUCCUGAAGACAACAUCAGUGAAGAGGAGAAACGUCGGAUAUUGCGGCUACUUCCGGAAGGUUUCCUCCACCCCGAUUCUGAAUCGGAUCGAGUUUACGAACAGCUUGAACAUGUACCAAGAACUUAUUCAAAUAAUUCUGAUAUCAAAGUAGUAUAUAUAUGGCACCUGGAACAAUGGAGAAAUGUUCCAACGGGCACGGAAUUCUUUAAACACUGUAAGGUCAACCGGUGUAGUUUAACACACAAGAGAAGUGCGGAGGCUACUGCCGAUGCUGUGGUAUUUGCGAAUUCCGGACAUUUACCGAAAUCACCACCAUUCAAAAAAUCGUCACCCAAACAAAUUGCCAUUCUAAAUAUCAACGAGAGUCCUGAUAGAUCAUGGUCAAUGGAAAAUUAUAGAAACUUUUUUAACUGGACCAAUACGUAUCGAGUAGACUCAACUAUUUAUGACCCGUAUUUCAAAAUCGGGCGAGAUUGUUGGAAGCCUCCUGUUAUUCCGAAUGCCGAACGGAAUUUCGCCAAAGGCCGGACGAAAAAGGUUGCUUGGAUGGUUUCUAACUGUCAUAUCGUAAAGAGUGGGCGUAUGGCGUAUGCAAAAGAAUUAAGCAAGUAUAUUGAAGUGGAUAUUUACGGGGCAUGUGGUACAAUGUCAUGUCCGGCAUCUAAACAUCGAGAAUGUGUCGAAAUGACGAGGCAGAAUUACAAGUUCUACCUUUCGUUCGAGAAUCACAAAUGUCAUGAUUAUUUAACGGAGAAGGUGAAGAAUGCAUACGAUGCGGAGCUGAUACCCAUAGUCUUAGGAGCCAGGAGGGAGGAUUAUGCCCAAGUAUUACCAAAGAAUUCCUACAUCCACGUGGAAGAUUUCGAAUCCCCGAAAAAGCUAGGCGAAUAUCUCAACCUCUUAGACAAAAAUGACACGCUUUAUAAUGAAUACUUCAAAUGGAAAGUGACAGGAGAUAAAAUUAUGGAUGAUUUAAAUUGGUGCCGGGUUUGUACACUUUUACAUGAAACGUCACUUCCGGUUAUGUGGUAUGAGGACAUCCAACACUGGUGGAAGCCAAAGGGAGUCUGCAAUGGCGCUGAAGUUUGGCAAUAA